UAUGACCUUUGCGGAAAUCGUCUGCUAGAGACUCUAGUAGUGUUGGUGACUGAAGUGCUUGGACAAAACAUUUAUUUUAUGAAGCUGUCUUAUUACGUCACAAAGAAUGUGUUUGUUAUUUUUUUAUGUGAAUAAUGAGGCAAAAGAAGACGAGUUUCGGUUUAUUUUGGUGAACAAUAGGGAUGAAUAUUGGGAUAGGCCAACAAAAUCUGCUGAGAAAUGGAACAGGGAAUCCUGCAUUAGUGGUUUUGACCAGCAGCCUGAAAAGGAAGGCGGAACAUGGUUUGGAGCAAGUAAAUAUGGACGUGUGGCUUGCCUUGUAAAUAUUUCAUUACCACAGGAUCUAACCAAAAGAGGACGAGGUUUCUUGGUUCGUGAUUUCCUGAUCACUCCAGACAAUAUUGAUGUGUAUGCAAAGAGAGUUGCAGAAGAAAAAGAUUGCUACAAUGGAUUCAGUCUCACCCUGAUAGACCUUGGUCUUCAGGGCAGUGGGUGCCAAGUGUAUCUUGUGACCAAUGAUAAAUUAGCAGAUGCACCAGUAUUAAAGUUUCAGACACCUGCUCAUGAUUUCUUUGCAGUUGGUAACUCGCCACUCAGAUACCCAUGGCGCAAAAUGUCUUUAGGCAAGGAGAGGUUUAUGGAGAUCCUAAAAACUCAUGGGCGUGAUGUUUCUACAAAAGAAAUGCUGGUAGACAGCUUGUUUGAGCUGAUGUUUGACAAAACAAAGAACAUGCCUGACCCACAGCUUGAGAGCCAGGCAUCAACAUGUGGUUGGAACCAGACAUCAACAGAAGCCAUUUCAUCUGUGUUUGUAUGGAACCCAGAAACAAAGUAUGGAACAAGAACGACAACGGUGCUAUUAGUUGAUGGAAAGGGCAACUGUGACUACAGGGAAAAAACUUUGGAAACUCCAGUGAGCACUUGCCAUCCCAAGUGGUCCACAAAAUCUUUCACCUUUCAACUCCAGCCUCCAAAUGCAUCUCUAUAACAGUUGAGUUGUUUUAUGCACACAUGUACGAGUGUUGGGGCAGAUUGAUGUUUUACACUGAUCUAGUCAAUAAGGCUAUAUCAGAGCAGCCAGCCCUGUAAUCAGAUGCCACAUGCAGAGGAAAAACAGUGUGCCCGGGAAAAGAUCUGAACCCAGGACAGCCAAUCCUCGGAUGUAUUGCACCACCAGACUGACAUUGAGUGUAUGGGUGUUAUGCAUAUUUGUGCAAGCAUGCAUGAGUGGAGGAAUAAAGAAACUAAAUCAAAAGGGCAUGUAGUGACUGACAUAAGUGCAUCUAUAAAGAACUUUUUUUUUAUUUCUUCUAAUAUUCUUAGUUUAAAAUAAAAGCAAUUCUUCAGAAAA